AGGUUAGAAGGUGUCAUUCAAACUUAACAGGUGUGACUGACUUCACAGGCUUUUAUGUCUGGUCUCGUAAUCCAUUUUGUCUGGAAUAAAGCAGCUCCUUUAAAACCUCAAAGGCAACCUUCAGUCUCACAGGGAAGGCAACAAGCACUUUUAGUUGGCAGCUAUAUGAGGGGGUCAGCCCUGAGGAUCAUCCAAGGAUAUGGCCCAAACCAACAAGAGCCCGACCCUCACACUGCUUAGCUUUGUCCUGCUUGCGCUUUGGGCAAAGCAAGUGAAUGGAAUCUCCCACGACAACAUUAAGUACACCAUGCUUCACAAACUGGGGUUAAGUGAAGUGCCACAGAUUGAGAAGACAGACGUGGAUAACAUGGUAGUCCCUGCUCACAUGAGGAACAAGUACAUUGCCAUGUUAAAGAUCCACAAGGAGAAGGAGAGGAAGCGAAGAGCCCUGCCCACCCUGGCUGGCAUCUUACGAGGAAUCACAGGCACUGCAGAUACAAGAGGAGACAUACUCUAUUCAGACCCUGCCAGGCAGACACUGGUCUUUGAUAUGAAGGGGCUGAUCCCCGAGAACAGCGAGGUGACCAUGGCAGAGCUCAAGCUCUUCAAGAAAGGCGUUCACAAGGAAGAUCUGCCCCCCAGGAGGCACAGUCGGCCGGUCAACAACGCCAGGGUCAGCGUGCACUGGGUCAGGAUUCUGUCGGAUGGCAGCAACAGGACCUCACUCAUAGACUCCAGGUUGGUUCCAAUCCUCGACUCUGGGUGGAAAAGUCUGGAUGUCACUCAGGCCGUACAUUACUGGAUGAAGACUGCAGAAAUGCCCAUGUACCUGGAGAUCUGGAUUGAGGCGGAGCGCAUGGGCAGCUAUGCGGCUGAAAUGGCAAAACUGGUGCAUUUUACAACACAGGGCCCGAAUGAUCAAGUUCUGGGCAAACCAGAAUUGGUCCUCUACAGCCUCAACCUGGAUGAAUAUGGGAGUAUCGGAGAUUGUGGUGCAAAGGAAAGUGGAUCCUGCUGUAGGCAGGAAUACUUCAUCAACUUCAGGGAGCUGACCUGGACCCAGUACUGGAUCAUCGAGCCCCCUGGUUACCAGGCCUUCCACUGUGUGGGGGGCUGCAAGCAGCCACAGUGGCCCUUCGACUACGGAGAGAGGAGCUGUGCAGUGGAGGAGAGUGCCUCGCUGCCUGUGAUGUACCUGGUGAAGAAAGGAGACUACACAGAGAUCGAAGUGGCUGAGUUCCCCAACAUGAUCGUUGAGAAAUGCAGCUGCUCUAUGGACAACGUCACAUUAAUAUAGCAGCGACCCCUACUGCUAGAUAUUUCUUUGGAGAAUGCCAUCCUCUUAAAACGCUUAAUGCAAAGAUGCACAAUACAGAAGCACUUUAUGUAAAUAUUGUAAUUUGAAAACGUAUAUUUUUACUAUUCGAUUCCUCCUUUUCUUUGGUGAAAGAAUUUGAUGUCAAUAACAUUAAACUUAGUUAUUAGUCUGUGUCAUAGUUCCCGAAGGAGAAGGGGAAUGAAGAAGCAGGUAGAACAUGA